CUGUAACUUUUCCCAGUCGCCGCCCUAGUGGAGGCUGCAGGCAUGGUGGCUUGAUGCCCCCAUAGCCCCACUCCUCCAACAGAGGAAGGCUACAAAGCUCUGUGUCAUGCCCCCCCAAACCAACCCCCCUGGCGGGGGCACUGGCCUGCCCCCGUCCAGUGAAGCCUUCCACUUGGCCAGACCUGUCCUCCUCUCUGUCCUCAGCCUUCUGGCAGUACUGCUGCCACCGGCCUCCUCCUGCCCUCCUCCCUGUCUCUGCUCCUCAGAUGGUUUGGUGGUGGACUGCGGGGGCCGGGGUCUCUCCGCCCUGCCUCCCCUGCACCUCUUGCCACCCGGGAGCCACUCCUUGCUGCUAGCCAACAACAAACUUGCCUCGCUGGGAGCCUCUGCCUUCGCUAACCUCUCCUCACUGGAGGAGCUGGACCUUUCUAAUAACUAUCUAGAUAAUUUACCAGCUGGAUUAUUCAGAGACAUGUCCAACCUUACAGGACUGACUCUUCACAACAACUCAUUAACAGGGAUGGAGAAGGACCUCUUCAAGGGUUUGGGGGGCCUUCAGAGACUGGAUCUGUCCCUGAACGGACUGUCCUCUGUUCCUCUGGGGCUACUUGAUGAGCUGCAGAGCCUCAGGUGGCUGUCUCUGUCGGGCAACCGGCUCCAUGGUUUAGAGAGGGCAGCGUUUGAGCCCCUCGCCAACCUGCAACAACUGGAAUUGGGAAACAACCCGUGGGAAUGUGACUGCAACCUCCGCGAAUUCAAACACUGGAUGGAGUGGCUGCUGUACAGAGGGGGGAAGGUGGACGCGGUGGAGUGCACGCUACCUAAGGAUCUGCGUGGGCGAGACAUCCGUGGUGUUCCAGUGGAAAUGUUCAACUACUGCCUCCAACUUGAGGACGAGAACGGAGGAGGUGAGAGUUCCCGUUCUGGACAGAAAGGAGGUCCACCCUGCAGCAAGAACGCUCUUAACCCCAGUGGGGCGACGCCAAUUACUGACGACAGGGUCAACACAGGUGAUGACUCCUCUUCGAGCAGAGGAGGUGGAGGCGCAGGUGGGGAGGCCCCAUCGGAUUGUGUCCGUGCUCGUUAUAAGCCUGUGAGCGUGCGCCGCGCUAUAGGCACAGUGGUGAUUGCCGGCGUGGUUUGCGGCAUCGUUUGCAUCAUGAUGGUUGCAGCUGCGGCCUACGGCUGCAUCUACGCCUCCCUGAUGGCCAAAUACCAGAGAGAGCUGAAGAAAAGGCAGCCGCUGAUGGGAGACGGCGAGACAGACGGGGAGGACAGGGAGGAGAAACAGAUCUCCUCUGUGGCCUAGAGGAGUGAUUGGACGGAGGAUUGGUGUGUCAGAGGUGAAGGUUGAAAGGGUGAUAAUUUAAAGGGCUCAAAGAGGAGAGAGAUGGAAGAGUUUGCUUCAUGCACAUAAGACAGUUAUGGUAUCUCUCCCUCUGACUCUCAAACUGACACCUUUUCCCCACUUUUUGUCUUCCUUUCUUUGUCCUCUUUCUAUUUUUAACUCUCAGUCCCUCUCUCGAACAAACUCCCUUGCACACAUACCCUUAUCUGUUCCCUGAUUUUCUUGACCAUUUGGAGACAUUCUCACUGCAGUAUUUGCUCCCAAUCAUCCGUCCAACUCCUACCACCUACUACCACUUGGCCAAGAGAAACUAAUUAUUGGUAAUAUAAUAUAAUACAUAUCAUUUAAGCUGUUACAAGACACUUGUGGUCAGUCAGUAUUAGUAAAAGGUGGAUUGAAUUUUCAGGGAUUUACAGUAUAUUCAGUGGUGUUUGGACCAAUAUGCAUAAUAAUGAGAAGAAUGCACAGCUUUUGUUUUUUCUGUAUCUUCCUCCUCCUAAGCCUUGACAAAGCCAGUAGUUUCUCCCAAACAUCCAGGACCCCAAGCCAGGACCCUUCACCUUUGUCUGACCUAAUGCUCCUCUUACGUUCCUUUGGACCUCCACAUCCCAAAGAAACAGACAACACUGGAAAACGUGGAGGAAUCGUUGUGGAUAAACACAAAGAGAUGUCAUUUAAAUAGUCAACACCUCUUGAAAUGGGGAUAGUAAGAUUAUAUAUUGAUAUUGAAUUAAACAUGGAUCCC